GAUCGAUAUACUUGUAACUAGUUUUCAAAGUGAAUAUAUAUUCAUGACAUUAACUAGUUAUCCUUAUCGAAUUUAGUAUUUGUACUUUCACUCAGAUUUUAGUAUCAAUGGAUUAAUAAAUCCAAGUUUAAAUUGGGAGCGGUGUUACAGCUAUAGCUAGAGUGCUAAGAAUAGAAAGUUGUCAACCCUUUACAAUGAAAUAAAUGCUUCUAUUUAUACCCGCCAAUGGGCAGGUGGCUGUACUGACGUGGAAGCCUGUGGUUCGCUGGUGUCCCAACCGCCAAAUCUUUAGCAUUAAAUGCACUUCCCGCCAGAAUCUAGGUUUCCCGCCUAAUUAGUGGGGACGUUAGUCCGCUAGGGAAGCGAGCCGGAUUACUCCAAGUGGCCCCCAAGGGGUAUUGGCCGUUCGUCCCCUGGCCUUGGUGGAUUCUCGCCAUGUGGACUGGACCGCCUCCGAUGGCUAUGGGCUUGCUCUGACGACGUUCGUCGUCAUUCUGGUGACCCGUGGUCCUGCUCCUUGUCCCUGCAUAGACGUUCGUCGACAUGGGUUGUUGAACCUAAAGCCCAAAUGCAGACGUUCGUACCUCCUGGAGGAACAUGGGCUCGCCAGGCUAGCUUAGUGUCCUAUCUGGACGUACGUCUAGAAGAAGGGGUAAAUGGGCCGAACUUCAACUUGGGCCAUUAACCCAACAAUAACAAAAACGUAAUUUGAUAUAUGCUAUACAAGAAUAACUUAAAAUAAAUAUACUCUAAAUAAAAUAAAAAAUAAAAAAUGUCAAUAUAGGUUCAAAUCCAUCUCAGACUUGUGAAAUACUUAUAUUAUGAUUGUAAAAACAAUUGUAUUUCAGUGUUGGAUUUUUUUUUUAAUUUUUGUCAUGGAAUUUAUAUUUUUACACGUUUACACAUUAGUAAUAUAAGAUUUUUUUUAUUAAAUAUGGGAUGAAUUAGUCCAACCGUUGUCAUUUUUGUUUCUCAUUUUAUUUAAUUAAUGUAGAGUUAUUUUAAAUUAUAUUUGAAUUGCGUAUUCAAAAUACGUUGCAUACAUAGAUGUUAAAUACUUGUAAGGGUGUGAUUUACCAACAAGUCAAUGUAGCCUAGUGGGUUCCAAGAUGCAAAUCCAUCAUUUUGGUCGUGAGUUUAAUUCCUGGGGGCUACGAAUUUAUUCAUUUUGGUGGUGAGUUCAAUUCCCGGGGGCUAAUUUUUUUAUAUUUUAAAAGAAUACCCAUAUGGCUGAUGACGUGGAAUGAUCGAUGACGGUGAAUGAUGUGGAGUAGGUGAUGUGGCAGAAAUUGGAUGACAAGGAAAAAUCUACCCUCAUUUGGGAAAUAAGAUUGGAGACUACCCUCUUUGGAAAAAAACUCUGCUCUAAGGAGAUUACUCCCGGUGUAGUCUUAUCGGUGAAGCCUCUCGUUUCGGUGCAAAGUACAAACUCGGUAUUGGAAGAAAAAUAAAGGGGAAAACUGUCAAAUAGGUCCUCGAACUUUCAUAAAAAAGUCAAUUAAGUCCUUCUACAGGAGACUUUGUCCGGUCGUCGCGAUUUGGGACGAUUCCCAGUGAAAUUUUUUGAUGAAAUUUUUUGUGCAUCUUAUUUAUCAAGUCUAGUUUACUCAUACCAAAUUUCAGCUAAAAAUUUAAUCGGGAGCGCAUUCAAAUUAAUUCGAGAACGCAAAAAUGCGUAGUUAUCUUCAAGAAUUAAUUUGAAUGUGUUCCCGAUUGAUUUUUUAGCUGAAAUUUGGUAUGAGUAAACUAGACUUGGUGAAUUAGAUGCUCAAAAAAAUUCAUCAAAAAAUUCCACCAGGAACUGCCCCAAAUCACGACGGCCGGACAGAACCUCCCAUAGAAGGACUUAAUUGACCUUUUAUGAAAGUUCGAGUACCUAUUUGACAGUUUUUCCAAAAAUAAAUCACAUAACCCACAAGAUCAAGUAAUGAAGCCAAUCAAGCCAUGGACCAUAGCAACGGGACUUUCCUCUUAUACCCUUCGUCUGUCGUCUUCUAUCCUCUGUCAGCUCCAUACUCGUGUCACAGAAGCUUCAAAUCCAUUCACACACGAGAGCUCCUUCCAUCUUUACUCUCCACCCCCACCCACAUUCGCCAAUCCCUUUCUCACAUUCUGAAAAAAAUGGGCCUUUCCUCCAGCAAAUCAAGAAACGACUCCUCACAUUUGCCUCAAUCACCUCCCACUUCCGCACGCUCUCCGCCGGCGAGCGCCUCCGUCUCCGAAGAAUCUUCCGAUUUGAGCUCGUACCAGACGGCGUGCGAAGAGGACUCCAGCCUCCGGGCAUUCGACUCAACUCUCCAGUCUCGAACAACCAAAGCCAUUAACUCUGUCGCCGGCAACCUCCUCGACCACCGGUCCCUAUCCCUCGAUUCUCUCCGGGAAGUCACCCUGUGCUUCCUCGACAUGAACCAGGAGGUGGUGUCCCUGAUUCUCGAAAGCAAGAAGGAUGUCUGGAAAGACCCGGACCUCUUUGAUCUGGUGAAAGACUACCUGGAAAACAGCCGCCACACCAUGAAUUUCUGCACCGCCCUGGAAGAAGCUCUCCGGCGGGCCUACCACAGCCAGUCCAUACUCAAAUACGCGCUACAGAGAUUCGAGGAAGAAGAAAGUACCCGGAUUAAUUGCCCCGGUCACGAUCCGAUCCAAUUGUACUCAAAAACCUUAGAAGAGUUCAAGAAAUUCAAGGAAGCCGGGGACCCAUUCAGCCAGAAGUUCUUCUCGCUGUUCCAAUCCGUUUACAGGCAGCAAGAAUCAAUGUUGGGUGCCCUGAGAGCGAAAAAGAGGAGACUUGACAAGAAACUCCACAAAGUCAAGUCUUGGAAGAGACUGUCCAACGCAAUCUUCGCGGCCGUGUUCGUCUCUGUGCUAAUUUGCUCGGUGGUGGCCGCGGCCGUCACGGCGCCGCCGGUGGUGACGGCUCUUGCGGCGGCCGCAUCUGUGCCACUGGGGAGUGUGGGGAAAUGGAUAAACACUAUGUGGAGGAAGUACGAGAAGGAUCUGAAGAGGGAAAGGGAGAUCUUGACUGCGAUUGAAGCUGGGAGCUUUACAGUGAUUCAGGAUCUGGAGAAUGUCCAGGUUUUGGUGGAUAAAUUGCAGAUUCAGAUUGAGGAGUUGUUGGGGAAUGCAGGUUUUGCUAUGGAGCAGAGGGGGGAGGGGGUGGGUGGUGUGGUGGAGAACAUCAAGAAGAAGGUAAGUUCUUUUAUGGAAACCAUAGAGGUUCUGAGUGAACAUGCAGAAAAGUGCAGCAAGGAUAUAAGGAUGGCUAAUGCAAUAAUUUUGAAAAAGAUGAAUGAACCAAGUGGUAGCAGGAGCAGAUCAGCAGGCAAUGGUAUGUUCUUUGGCUGACUGUCAGUCAGUCUAUGAUGUUGUGCUGAAUAUUGAACUGAACUUUGUAACAGAUGACUGAAACUUGGAUUCUCUUAGGGACCAUGGGUUUCUGUAUUUACUUGCCCUUCGAGACAAAUUUGUGUGAUCUUUAUCAUAUCAACGAUGCUUAGGGUACACGAAAUGUACACAAGUUGUACACACUAUAAAUACCUCCUAGAUUUUACCAUUUCAUAUUUAUUUUUUUACCCCUUUUCUCUCUCCCUUCUCCUUCCCUCUUCUCCUUCCCUUUCUCUGCGCCUUUCCCUCCUCUACCGUAGCUCCUCUUUCUCCUUUAUUUUUUCUUUAUUUUGAAGCUCUCUAAUCUAUACAUCAAUUUGAAUCCUUCUCCCACUAAAUCAUCAUAUGCCAUUUAAAUAGUCAUAUACAUCAAUUUCAAUCCUUCUCUCAAUUUAAUAGUAAAUAUUUAUUCCCAUUUCUUCAUGUGCGCUUUAGGGUUUUUUAUAUACUUUUCCUAAUUUCAUGAAUAUUAUAUAUGUUUUAACAUUGAAUAUUGAUUGUUUUGUUUUAUUGUAAGCGAUUUGAGGAGUUAAUUAUUGAAAUCUUAGUGUAAAUAUUCUAGUUUGUUUUUGCCCAUAAAGUGUUUGUUGAAAUGAUUAAAUGAACUUUGUGUUCAAAUUCAACAUUUGUUUCUCCUUUUUUAAUUUGUUAAUGCACCUUGGUGUUUAAUGAGUUUCAUAUUCUAUUUAUUUCAAAAGCAAGAUUGAGAGAACCUUCUUUUUUACUUAACCCUUAAAUAAUUGACUCUUUUAUUCCAUAAAAAUGUACUGAAUUUUUUUAAUUACUAUUUUAUUUUAUUGUUUUAAAUUUUAGUUUGGGGACAUGCAUAAGUAUGCAAUAAAGAGCAGCAUCAGUUUUUUAUUAGAGCCUCACUUGGAACACUAAUCGACUCAUUCUGUUUAUCCCACUUACAGUAGAAUAAUCAAACUAAGUAAUAGACUUUGAUAAACUUAAAGGUUGUUUGGUGCAUGUUAUUUGACUGUUUUUUAUUGUUAGAUUGUAUAGUGAUUUUUUUGUAGAGUACGCUUGCUUAUGUUGUUUGUGGAAUUUUGAAUAGUCAAUGCCAUAUAUGGGUUUAUGGGCUUCUAAUUUUGCUUGCUUUGAUUAUAUAUUUUUUCUAGUUACAUACCUAGAUGAUCUCUUAUCUCUUUUCAAACUGGUUUCACCUUUAUGUUAGUGAUGUUUGUGAUAGAUUCUCCUAGUUAAUAGAAAAUCAAUUGAGAUAUUAUGUUUUCUAGUUGAGAUUAUGCUAUAGUGUUGUUUGAAAGAAGGUUUCUGAAGGGGCAUAGACUUCAUAUGUGAGUUUAUGGACUUCACAAGUGAGUUUUAUGGUGCUAUACUAGGCUGAUGUUUAUUACUUCUCAAGUGAGUUCCAAUCAUAAACUUUGGAACACAAACUUAAUGUGUACUUAAUAUCCUUUAAUUUAUGCCUCCUUGGCUAUGUAACUUUUUUUCUUUUGUAGAGAGAACUAAGAACUAUGUGGCUGUGUUGUGGAAGCUUGGAUGGAUCAUCCACAAGACAAAUGUGUUGAUAACACAUGCAUUACUUUUAGUUCCACAUUGAUCUAUGAAUUAAAAGUUGGGUUGGAUGAAUUUACUUUGUGUAAUCAAACUUUGACCUUUUUGUAAUUAUCAGUUAUAAUUAGAUACACUUCAUGAUUUUAGUUGUUUUACUCUGUAAUUAGACUUUGAUCUUGAUGGUUGGCACUUGAUCAUAUCCUCCUUCCAGGGUUAUUUGUUAAGUGAUAUUGUCUAUGAACCAAAAACGAAGUGUCUUUCACAGGCAAUAACUAUUAGAGUGGGC